ACAACUUUAAUCAAAACAUAAAACAAAACAUAUUUGGCACGCACAAAUGUAAUACAAUUACGGAAAACAACCAAAUGCAGGAGGGCUGCAUGUUACACAGCAAAAACCUAAAUGAGUUAAAACACCAAAAAAACAAAAACUAAUUUUGCAACUUCUGGGUGAUUUAGACACAUAAAGACACAUAAAGAUGUGUCUUUAUCUGUCAAGUGAUAUUGACAAGUGAUUGUCCAAGAGCAAAGGUCUGCAAAAUCAGUGGUUGUCCACUUUGUGAACAUGCCAUAAAAUGAAGCAAACUUUUAAAAAUGUCCACUUUGAAGUCCAGAUAAUGCGAAUCAAUACUUUCUGUUGGAUUGAUUGUUUUUUGACCUGAAUCCUCUCAAUUUUUAAAGUGAAAUUGUUUCAACACAAUAACAAUGCAGUUAAUAUUGUAAAAUGAACCAAACAAUAUGGAACAGAAGGUUGUGUUGUUCACUUAAGAGUAAGAAACGCGGAAAAGGCAACAUUUGUCUUAAAGAGCUAAAGGAGAAUGUAUUGCAAAAAGAACUGAUACAAAACAUCCACAUAUCUCAAACUGAGCCUCACAUGAGGGGGAACUAUCUAUGUUUAAAAUAUAUUCUUUACAAAUGUGCAUUCAUGAAGUAAACCAGCUGAACUGAAUAUCACGUCUAAGCGUUUUUUAAAAUAAUAUAGGGGACAAUUAACACUUCUGUGUUGCACAGCAGGUUGAUUUUAUAUCCAUUUUCCUUAUUGGCUAAGUAUCCUCAGCUAAUGCAAAGCUAUUGGAGGAAGUGUCUGAAUGUGUGUGUGUGUGUGUGUGUGUGUGUGUGUGUGUGUGUGUGUGUGUGUGUGUGUGUGUGUGUGUGUGUGUGUGUGUCAGCAUAUCCAGGAGGAGGGGUGGGGGGAUGGGUCAAGGCUAUAAAAUGUGGGCAAAUCCCAAUGAGUAUGUGUGACAGAAAGACACACACACAGAAAGGAAGAGAGAAGAAGUGAGAAGACAGGAAGAAAAUAGCCAAAAAGAGACUUGUUUGUGGACUAUGGGAGACACCUCAUAAAUUCUUCAGGGCAGUCUGGACUUGAACCUCACUUUUGCUAAAUUAAAAAAAUAAAGUCAAGAAAAACAAAGGGGGCAAAGGAGAGAGGAGCUGAAACAACAAGGUGAAGAAAUGAAGGACCUGGUGCAGUCAGUAGAUGUGGGGGUCUCUCAGUGGAAAGGAGUUCACGUAACUCGAUCCAAAGUUUGGAUAAAGAAUGAACUUGUUCGUGUUGGACUUGCUGAAUUUCUUUGCACAUAUGUCAUGAUGGUGUUUGGUCUGGGGUCUUCAGCCCAGGUACUAACAGGACAGGGAGCGUAUGGACAGUACCUCAGCAUCAACCUGGGUUUUGGACUGGGUGUCGCUAUGGGGGUUCAUGUUGGAGGGAAGGUGUCAGGAGCUCAUAUGAAUGCAGCAGUGUCAUUCACAAUGUGUGUAUUUGGCCGCCUUGCGUGGAAGAUGCUGCCCCUGUAUGUUUUUGCACAGCUAUUUGGGUCCUAUCUGGCAGCAGGGACAAUUUAUGGUGUCUACUACGAAGCCAUAUAUGACUAUUGUGGAGGAAAUCUCACUGUAAAUGGUGUACGGGCCACAGCUGGUAUCUUUGCCACCUAUCCAGCACCAUAUCUCUCCUUGCUGGGUGGAUUCAUGGACCAGGUGUUUGGCACAGCUAUGCUGCUGCUGUGUCUGAUGGCUCUGUCCGACCAGAAGAAUAAACCGGCCGCAGCAGGCAGCGAGCCUGUCGCAACGGGUCUCCUGGUGCUGCUCAUUGGCAUUUCUCUGGGCAGCAACAGCGGCUACGCUAUCAACCCAACCAGAGACAUCGCACCUAGAGUCUUCACUGCCAUUGCAGGCUGGGGGGCUGACGUGUUCAGGUCUGGAAAUGGGUGGUGGUGGGUGCCUCUAGUUGCCCCUCCUAUUGGAGGUGUACUGGGUGCUGGGCUGUACAAGGCCUUGGUGGAACUGCACCACCCUCCCCUCCCUGAACAGGUUGGGGGACUGAUGGAGGAGUUGAAAGAGGAGACCAUCCCUCUGGAAAAACAGAAAAACAUCUGUGCUGAUGUGUGUGUGUGAGAGCCCCAACUCUUUGUAUAGCUUGUAAAGCUUUAUUGAUAUUUGUAUGCAGUUGAAACAUUCCAUGAUGAUGAAGGAUUAAAAAAAAAUAGAGCAACAAACAAAUUUCUUAGAUGGGGGAUGGCAGGACCUUCAUAAAAAGAGAGCAUGAUUCAAAUAAGGUUUUGGAUAUACCAAGCAAUUUUAAAAUGAGUCUGUUUUACAUCAUUAAUCUUAGUUGCUCAACUAGAAUUAAUCUAAUUGAGAGCGACUGCAAUACAAAAAAAUAUACACAUAAAACAUACACUAUUUGACAUCUAUGGCACAUUUUGAGCAAAAGGUUGAAAACUAAACUAGAGCUGUUUUUAUGCAUGGAAGACAAAGAAAAUGCACACACUGGCUUAAACUGUUUUAUGUUUUUAUCAUCGAGGCAAUAGCAGCUGAUAUAACCUUGGAAGACACCAUAUAGCAAGUAUCACUCAUUGUAACAAUCAAUGAGGGACCACUUACAUGAGCUUAGAAAGUACAGUGUAGAUUGAAAAAAAUAAACAGCCCCUAUACAUUGCACUUAAAUAUCUUUUCUAAAAUAAAAUAUAAACAGUAGGAGUUGGCUUCUCACAGCUGGUAGGUGCAGCAGCACAACCAAAGAUAAUAUACAUGCUCAUCUCUCAUACACUAUAGCACACAGCAGCCUCGAGCCAAAAAAGCAUAUAAUGUAUGUGUCUUGAUGUUGAAGCUCUAAAAUACUUAAACCAACAGCUCAGCCUAGAUGUCUUUUCAAGUCUGCUCAGCCACAUGCUUCUGGCAUCAAGAGUUCAAACAUAUUAAAUCUUGUAUCUAUUAAUGUGGAAUCAUCAGGGCAGAUGUAAUUAUAGAAAGGCUCAGCAGGCCUAAACUGUAUUUUUUUUGUUUACAUGGAAGCACAGUAUCAGUGAGGCACUGCAGUGACACAUUGGCCAGUGAGUAACUUAGAUUACUGAAGCCUCGCUUGAUGGUAUAUUAAAGUCUUUGAUAAUGUAACAUGAAGUAGGGUUUUUUUUUUUUUUUUGGGUACAGAUUUG